GACUUCAAAUACAGAGAGUCCUCUCUGAAAACCUCAAAUACUUUCCUUAAUUAGCGUGUGAUCACCGAUAGAAAGGCCUCUCCCAAUUCUCAAAAUUCACCACUCCAAUCAAGAGAAAUACUACUUGGGUGCUGUAAGAAAAUCCUGUUGUCAGUGCAGAAUUCCCCAGAAAAGGCUCAAUCUUUGCUUGUCCUUUCUUUAACCGAUCCUUUUUUGGGUUCUCUGCAGUGUUUGUUUCGGAAUGGGUGGUUGGAGGAAACAGAGAGGUGAAAACCACCAUCAGGAAGUCCAUGGGAGGAGGUGGCAGAACAGGAAGCCGCCGCUAGGCACUUGGCAUCCAACUGUAGCUUCAUGGGAGAAGAAGUUUUGUGCUUCAGUCGGCUCGGUUUCAUGGCGGAAGCUAAUAGAAGCCCAAAGGUUCACAUACAUAUAUAAAAAUGUGAUUAACUGGGAUGACUCUGCCGUUGAAGAGGCGUUUAACAGUGCCAAAAGUCGGUUUUGGGCGCAGAUUAAUGGCCUUCCUUGUGAUAUCUCAUUGCCUGAUCCUGAUAUGUACAUCGAAGAAAUUGAUUGGGACUCUAUCAUCAACCCAGAGCUGAUUUUGGACUCGGAACGGGAACCCAAGGUUUGUGAUCAGACAGAUAACGGUGAGCAUGUCAUCAUUUUUGGUGAUUCUUUCUUACAGGAACAUUAUUCAAUUGUGCCUGUCAUUGGAUGGGGACCAGAGGAGACUUUUCCAAAGCCUACCAAUGAUGAGUCAGAUCGACAACUUGGAAAUGACAACCAGAACGUGGAUGGUAAUGAUGAUUUGUUGGAAAAGAUAGAUAAUGAGUCGAAGAAGAACGUGGAUCGUGGAACUGGAUGGGGACUUAGUUGGAGCGGUUCUUUGGAACAGAACCGGCCGGUGAACAACGGUGAUUUGUUGAACAAUAACUGUAAUGAGUCGAAGAAGAACGUGGAUCGUGGAACUGGAUGGGGACUUGGUCGGAGUGAUUCAUGGGAACAGAACCGGCUGGAGAAUAAGGGUGAUUUGUUGAAUAAGAACAAUAACGAGUCAAAGAACGUGGAUCAUGGAACUGGAUGGGGACUUAGUUGGAGUGGUUCAUGGGAACAGAACUGGCUGGAGAAUAACAGUGAUUUGUUGAAUAAGAACUCUAAUGAGUCAAAGAACGUGGAUCAUGGAGAAUGGGGAUAUGUUUGGAAUGACCCAUGGGGACAAAACCAGCUGGAGAAUAAUGGUGAUAUGUGGAACAAGAACUAUAAUGAACCGAAGAACAUGGGUCAUGGAACUGGUAGAGACUGGGGAAUGUGGGACCGAGAUAGAAAGAAAAGAGAAGGCACUGGAUGGAACAUGUCGAGGUAUGAGACCUCCCGAUAUCAUGGUAAUUACUACAGUACAGAUCAUGGAUGGAGGAAUGGAAGAUGGCAAAAGAAGCUUAAUUUUGCUUAUGAGCAACCAAAUAGUAAUCAAGUGCCUCAUUCAAAUCAGUACUGGACUGAAGUGAACUAUAAUGGGCCAGUGAACCAGAGCAAUCAUUGGGAAAGCAGGAAUCCCAUGCAGUUUUGAUAAACAAAUUUUGCAAGCAAUAGCCUAUAUACUGGGCAGUUUCUUUUACCCAGUCUUAUAAUCCUUAUAGGACCAUGGCCAAGUAAUUACAUAUUAUGUAGCCUGUGUUGCAGUUUUGUAAGUUGAUCUGUUUGAGAAGAACUCAUCUGCGGUUCAAGUAUGUCUUGUAGUUGGUAUUUGCUUGUUACUGGAGAAAACAUUGGUUUAUUAUUGUAAAGGGGGUCCUAAAUAAUGAACGUAUUGUCAGGCAGUGGGAAAAAAUAUGUAAAUUCAUAACAGGAGUGAUUUACUCCCUUACUUAAGUUUGUGAAACAUUUUGGUCUUGUCCUUU